ACCGCUGCCAUGAAGGGGGGCAGUCCUACAAGAUUGGUGACACCUGGAGGAGACCACACGAGACUGGUGGUUACAUGUUAGAGUGUGUGUGUCUGGGUAAUGGGAAAGGAGAAUGGACCUGCAAGCCCAUAGCUGAGAAAUGUUUUGAUCAGGCUGCUGGUACUUCCUACGUUGUCGGGGAGACUUGGGAAAAGCCUUAUCAGGGCUGGAUGAUGGUGGAUUGUACUUGCCUGGGAGAAGGCAGUGGACGUAUCACUUGCACCUCCAGAAACAGGUGCAACGAUCAGGACACUAGGACAUCCUAUAGAAUUGGGGAUACCUGGAGCAAGAAGGACAACCGGGGGAACCUGCUUCAGUGCAUCUGCACGGGCAACGGCCGUGGCGAGUGGAAGUGUGAGAGGCAUACCACCCUGCAGACCACAUCCGCAGGAUCUGGCUCCUUCACUGAUAUCCGACCGGCCAUCUACCAGCCCCAGCCUCAUCCUCAGCCGCCUCCGUAUGGUCACUGUGUCACAGACAGCGGUGUGGUUUACUCUGUGGGGAUGCAGUGGCUGAAGACACAAGGGAAUAAGCAAAUGCUGUGCACUUGCCUGGGCAAUGGAGUCAGCUGCCAAGAGACAGCUAUAACCCAGACUUACGGUGGCAACUCCAACGGAGAGCCGUGCGUCCUCCCAUUCACCUACAAUGGCAGGACUUUCUACUCAUGCACGACUGAAGGGCGGCAGGAUGGACACCUCUGGUGCAGCACAACUUCCAAUUAUGAGCAAGACCAGAAAUAUUCUUUCUGUACAGACCAUACUGUUUUGGUUCAGACUCGAGGUGGAAAUUCCAAUGGUGCCUUGUGCCACUUUCCCUUCCUGUACAACAACCACAACUACACGGACUGUACUUCUGAGGGCAGGAGGGACAACAUGAAAUGGUGUGGAACCACACAGAACUAUGACGCUGACCAGAAGUUUGGAUUCUGCCCCAUGGCUGCCCACGAGGAAAUCUGUACAACCAAUGAAGGGGUCAUGUAUCGCAUUGGAGACCAGUGGGACAAACAGCAUGAUAUGGGCCACAUGAUGAGAUGCACAUGUGUUGGAAAUGGUCGGGGAGAAUGGACGUGUGUCGCCUACUCUCAGCUCCGAGAUCAGUGCAUCGUCGAUGGCAUCACUUACAAUGUGAAUGACACAUUCCACAAACGUCACGAAGAGGGACACAUGCUGAAUUGUACCUGCUUCGGUCAGGGCCGGGGUCGGUGGAAGUGCGAUCCUGUUGAUCAAUGUCAGGAUUCAGAAACCCGCACCUUUUAUCAAAUUGGAGACUCAUGGGAGAAGUAUUUGCAGGGGGUCAGGUACCAGUGCUACUGCUAUGGCCGCGGCAUUGGGGAGUGGGCCUGCCAGCCCUUACAGACCUACCCAGAUGCAAGUGGUCCUGUCCAAGUAAUCAUCACUGAGACCCCAAGUCAACCCAACUCUCACCCCAUCCAAUGGAAUGCACCAGAAUCAUCUCACAUUUCCAAGUACAUUCUUAGAUGGAAACCUAAAAAUUCUCCAAACCGCUGGAAGGAAGCUACCAUUCCUGGCCACUUAAACUCCUACACCAUCAAAGGCCUGAGGCCAGGUGUGGUAUACGAGGGCCAACUUAUCAGCGUCCAGCACUAUGGCCAAAGAGACGUGACGCGCUUCGACUUUACCACCACCAGCACGAGCCCAGCGGUGACCAGCAACACUGUGACGGGAGAGACCACACCCUUGACUCCUGUUGUGGCCACCUCUGAGUCGGUGACUGAAAUCACAGCCAGCAGCUUUGUGGUUUCCUGGGUCUCGGCUUCGGACACUGUGUCUGGAUUCCGGGUGGAGUAUGAGCUGAGUGAAGAGGGAGAUGAACCGCAGUACCUGGAUCUUCCCAGCACAGCCACUUCCGUGAACAUCCCUGACCUGCUUCCUGGCCGAAAAUACACUGUGAAUGUUUAUGAGAUAUCCGAGGAAGGAGAGCAGAAUUUGAUCCUGUCUACCUCACAGACAACAGCACCUGAUGCCCCUCCUGACCCUACCGUGGACCAAGUUGAUGACACUUCUAUUGUCGUUCGCUGGAGCAGACCCAGGGCGCCCAUCACAGGAUACAGAAUCGUCUAUUCCCCAUCCGUAGAGGGUAGUAGCACAGAACUCAAUCUUCCUGAAACUGCCAACUCUGUCACUCUCAGUGACUUGCAGCCUGGCGUUCAGUAUAAUAUCACCAUCUAUGCUGUGGAAGAAAAUCAAGAAAGUACUCCUGUCUUCAUCCAGCAAGAAACCACUGGAGUCCCACGUUCAGAUAAAGUUCCCCCUCCCAGGGACCUGCAGUUUGUGGAGGUGACAGAUGUGAAGAUCACCAUCAUGUGGACACCCCCAGAGAGUCCAGUAACCGGUUACCGCGUGGAUGUGAUCCCCGUCAACCUGCCUGGGGAGCAUGGGCAGAGGCUGCCCGUCAGCAGGAACACCUUUGCAGAAGUCACUGGGCUGUCCCCUGGGGUCACUUAUCACUUCAAAGUCUUCGCCGUGAACCAGGGGAGGGAGAGCAAGCCCCUGACGGCACAGCAGGCAACCAAAUUGGAUGCUCCUACCAACCUCCAGUUUAUCAAUGAAACCGAUACCACGGUCAUAGUGACCUGGACUCCACCUCGCGCCCGGAUAGUCGGGUACCGACUGACUGUGGGCCUGACCCGGGGAGGCCAGCCCAAGCAGUACAAUGUGGGGCCCGCAGCCUCGCAGUACCCACUGAGGAACCUGCAGCCUGGCUCUGAGUAUGCUGUAAGCCUCGUAGCCGUGAAGGGCAAUCAGCAGAGCCCCAGAGUCACCGGAGUCUUCACCACUUUGCAGCCUCUAGGCUCCAUCCCACCUUACAACACAGAGGUGACUGAGACCACCAUUGUGAUUACAUGGACACCUGCCCCAAGGAUUGGCUUUAAGCUGGGUGUACGACCAAGCCAGGGAGGAGAAGCACCACGAGAAGUGACUUCAGAGUCAGGAAGCAUUGUUGUGUCUGGCCUGACUCCAGGUGUGGAAUACGUUUACACCAUCUCUGUCCUCAGGGAUGGGCAAGAGAGAGAUGCACCAAUUGUGAAGAAAGUGGUGACACCACUGUCCCCACCAACGAACUUGCACCUGGAGGCAAACCCUGACACUGGAGUGCUUACCGUCUCCUGGGAGAGGAGUACCACUCCUGACAUUACUGGCUACAGAAUCACCACCACCCCCACAAACGGCCAGCAGGGAUACUCUUUGGAGGAAGUGGUCCAUGCCGAUCAGAGUUCCUGCACCUUUGAAAACCUGAGUCCCGGCCUGGAGUACAAUGUCAGUGUUUACACUGUCAAAGAUGACAAGGAAAGUGUCCCUAUCUCUGAUACCAUCAUCCCAGAGGUGCCCCAACUCACUGACCUAAGCUUUGUUGAUAUAACUGAUUCAAGCAUCGGCCUGAGGUGGACCCCGCUAAACUCUUCCACCAUUAUUGGGUACCGCAUCACAGUAGUUGCGGCAGGAGAAGGUAUCCCUAUUUUUGAAGAUUUUGUGGACUCCUCAGUAGGAUACUACACAGUCACAGGGCUGGAGCCCGGCAUUGACUAUGACAUCAGCGUUAUCACUCUCAUUAAUGGCGGAGAGAGUGCCCCUACUACACUGACACAACAAACGGCUGUCCCUCCUCCCACUGAUCUGCGAUUUACCAAUGUUGGUCCCGACACAAUGCGUGUCACCUGGGCUCCACCUUCAUCCAUUGAACUGACCAACCUUCUGGUACGCUACUCGCCUGUGAAAAAUGAGGAGGAUGUUGCCGAGCUGUCAAUUUCUCCUUCAGACAACGCAGUGGUCUUAACAAAUCUCCUGCCUGGGACCGAGUAUUUAGUCAGCGUCUCCAGUGUUUACGAGCAGCAUGAGAGUAUACCUCUUAGAGGAAGACAGAAAACCGCUCUCGACUCCCCAAGUGGCAUUGACUUUUCUGAUAUCACUGCCAACUCUUUCACUGUCCAUUGGAUUGCUCCGCGAGCCACCAUCACUGGCUACAGGAUCCGCCAUCAUCCUGAACACAUGGGUGGAAGACCUCGGGAAGAUCGAGUGCCCCCUUCUCGGAAUUCCAUCACCCUCACCAACCUGAACCCAGGCACAGAAUAUGUGGUCAGCAUUGUCGCUCUUAAUAGCAAAGAGGAAAGUCAGCCCUUGGUUGGCCAGCAAUCAACAGUUUCUGAUGUUCCAAGGGACCUGGAAGUCAUUGCUGCAACCCCCACUAGCCUGCUGAUCAGCUGGGAUGCUCCUGCCGUCACAGUGAGAUACUACAGGAUCACCUAUGGAGAAACAGGAGGGAGUAGCCCUGUCCAGGACUUCACCGUGCCUGGGAGCAAGUCUUCAGCUACCAUCAGUGGUCUUAAACCUGGAGUGGACUACACCAUCACUGUCUAUGCUGUCACCGGCCGUGGGGACAGCCCGGCAAGCAGCAAGCCCGUUUCCAUCAAUUACCGAACAGAAAUUGACAAACCAUCCCAGAUGCAAGUGACUGAUGUCCAAGACAACAGCAUCAGUGUCAGGUGGCUGCCUUCAAGUUCCCCUGUUACUGGUUACAGAGUGACCACUGCUCCUAAAAAUGGCCCAGGACCAUCGAAAACGAAAACUGUAGGUCCAGAUCAAACAGAAAUGACAAUUGAAGGCUUGCAGCCCACAGUGGAGUAUGUGGUCAGUGUCUAUGCUCAGAAUCAAAAUGGAGAGAGUCAGCCUCUGGUUCAGACAGCGGUAACCAACAUUGAUCGCCCUAAAGGACUGGCAUUCACUGAUGUGGAUGUCGAUUCCAUCAAAAUUGCUUGGGAAAGCCCACAGGGGCAAGUUUCCAGGUACAGGGUGACCUACUCGAGCCCUGAGGAUGGAAUCCAUGAGCUAUUCCCUGCACCUGAUGGUGAAGAGGAGACUGCAGAGCUGCAAGGCCUCAGGCCGGGUUCUGAGUACACAGUCAGUGUGGUUGCCUUGCACGAUGAUAUGGAGAGCCAGCCCCUGAUUGGAACCCAGUCCACAGCCAUUCCUGCACCGACCAACCUGAAGUUUACUCAGGUGACACCAACCAGCCUGACCGCCCAGUGGACGGCACCCAAUGUUCAGCUCACUGGGUAUCGAGUGCGGGUGACCCCGAAGGAGAAGACCGGACCGAUGAAAGAAAUCAACCUUGCUCCCGAUAGCUCAUCUGUGGUUGUGUCAGGACUCAUGGUUGCCACCAAAUAUGAAGUGAGUGUCUAUGCUCUUAAGGACACUUUGACAAGCAGACCGGCUCAGGGAGUCAUUACAACUCUGGAGAAUAUCAGCCCUCCAAGAAGGGCCCGGGUGACAGAUGCUACCGAGACCACCAUCACCAUUAGCUGGAGAACUAAGACGGAGACAAUCACCGGCUUCCAAGUUGAUGCUAUCCCAGCAAACGGCCAGACUCCCAUUCAGAGAACCAUCAGGCCAGAUGUCAGAAGUUACACCAUCACAGGUUUACAACCUGGUACUGACUACAAGAUCCACUUGUACACCUUGAAUGACAAUGCCCGGAGCUCCCCUGUGGUCAUCGAUGCCUCCACUGCCAUUGAUGCACCAUCCAACCUGCGUUUCUUGGCCACCACACCCAACUCCCUGCUGGUAUCAUGGCAGCCACCCCGUGCCAGGAUUACUGGUUACAUCAUCAAGUAUGAGAAGCCUGGGUCCCCUCCUAGAGAAGUGGUCCCUCGGCCCCGCCCCGGUGUCACAGAAGCUACUAUUACUGGUCUGGAACCAGGAACAGAGUACACAAUCCAAGUCAUUGCCCUCAAGAACAAUCAGAAGAGUGAGCCUUUGAUUGGGAGGAAAAAGACAGAUGAGCUCCCCCAGCUGGUAACCCUUCCACACCCCAAUCUUCAUGGACCAGAGAUCUUGGAUGUUCCCUCCACAGUUCAAAAGACCCCUUUCAUCACCAACCCUGGGUAUGACACUGGAAACGGUAUUCAGCUUCCCGGCACUUCUGGUCAGCAGCCCAGUCUUGGGCAACAAAUGAUCUUUGAGGAGCAUGGUUUUAGGCGAACCACACCGCCCACAACGGCCACCCCCGUAAGGCAUAGGCCAAGACCGUAUCCGCCGAAUGUAAAUGAGGAGAUCCAAAUUGGUCAUGUCCCCAGGGGAGACGUAGACCAUCAUCUCUACCCUCAUGCUGUGGGACUCAAUCCAAAUGCUUCUACAGGACAAGAAGCUCUCUCUCAGACAACCAUCUCAUGGACCCCAUUCCAGGAAAGCUCUGAGUAUAUCAUUUCAUGUCAUCCAGUUGGCAUUGAUGAAGAACCCUUACAGUUCCGAGUUCCUGGAACCUCUGCUAGUGCCACCUUGACGGGCCUUACCAGGGGGGCCACCUACAACAUCAUAGUAGAGGCAGUAAAAGACCAGCAGAGGCAGAAGGUUCGCGAGGAGGUGGUCACCGUGGGCAAUUCUG